CAUAACACCAAGCUAGUUUUAAGGGUUUUCUCUGUUGUGUCUGUAAGUAGCUUCAAAUAAUGGAUAAACAACUGGAGACUGAUAAUCUGGAGAUGCGUCUGCAGGCGCUGGAGGGUCGCAUAUACGGAGAGAGGAGAAACAAAAGUGGAAAACAAGCAAAGUGUGCAGAGUCUCUGGUCAGGAUCCAGGCGGGUCUGACCAACACGGCCAACAAGAGAGAACGAGUCAAGAUCCUGCACAAGAAGAUUGAGGACCUGCUGAAGUACCUGGACCCUCAGUUCACCGACCACAUCACCGUACCCGACACCAUGAAGCUGGAGUUCAUCCUCGCUGAGGAGGACUUCCUGCUCUCCCAGGCUGCUUUGCUGGAGCAGGUCAGCACCAUGCAGCCGCUGCUGGACAGCACGUACAUCAGAGACGUACCCGAACAUGCCACCAAACUGCAGCGUCUGUCACAGAUUCACAUCAAAGAGCAGGACCAAACUGAGGUUCAGUCCCAGGAAGUGAAGAAGCUUUUCGAGGAAUACAACAAAAUGAUGUUCCUGCUGUCCAAGCAGUUCACCCACUGGGACGAGACCCUGAGGAGCCUAGAGGAGGCCAAGGGUAUCCGGCCUGUGGAGUAGUUCCAUUCAACACACACACACUUCUGAUGAGGAUGAUGAUGAUGAUGAUGAUGAUGAUGAUGAUGAAGAAGAAGACUGACAAUGUGGCAGGAGCUUUAGAUCAGACCAGUGUUUCUUAUGUAGCUUGUUCACUGUAUAAAAGUCAGUCAUAUCCAAUUUUCCCCCCGAAAUAACUUAAAACAAAAACUGAGAUGAAGAGGUUGUAUUUAGUGCUAAUCAUUUCAUCACCUGCGUUUAAAAUUGAAUCAGUUGAUUUUAUUAAUUAACUCAUUCUUUAAUAUUGUUGAAUGUUUCUAGAGAAUUCCCCCCAGUUGCUUAAAUUUGCCACUUUACUGGCAGAUUUGAUCUCUUUGCUGGCUGGUUGUUAUCAGUGAAAUAAGACUCCCAGCUCCCAAAACUGUAAUAUCGUACCAUUCAUAAAAACCCAGUCCUAUAAUAAAACUGGGAUGUGAAGACCGGUGGAAAUAACGUGACUCUUCAUCAGCCGUCUUGGAGGAAGUCGACGUGUGACUCAGACAGCUCCGAGAUGCUGCUGCUGCUCUUUAAUUUAUUUUCAGACUGUAGAGCUUUUUUUUUUCUUUUCAUGCCCGUAUAUCGACUUUACUUAUAAUGCAUUCCUUACUGCAAGCCAGUCACAAGACUUGUUAUUCUGCCCUGUUACUUAUUUACACACACACACACACACACACACACACACACACACUCACACACACACACACACACACACACACACACACACACACACACUGACUGUUCAAGGCUUUAGUUAUUUCCCCUCUGGACGCCUCCUGACAAGAUAGAGUUGCAUAAACUUAAUAUCUUAGCUUCAUUAUUAUUCCCAGGUGUCGUCGUGGUUUGAAAAUGUGAUACAUGUCUCAUGUGUCAUACAGGAAGACUGCAGUGUAUACAAUAAAUAUUAUUAUAAAUUGUUUUCUUGGAUUA